ACUCAAAUCUUCUCCUCACCCUCCUCUCAUUCGUCGCCACUUCAACACCUCGCGAUCGCCCAAAUCCCACCUCCCCGCCCGCCCGCUCGCCGCGAAUCCCGAGGGGUGGUCACCGAUGCCGGCCGCCGUCGCGGCUGCGGCUGCUGCCGCCGCGUCGGGCGGCGCCCUCCUCCUCUACCUGCUCCUCACUUGCCGCCCGCAGCCGGCGCCGGACGGCGAGAGGGGGGAGGAGGAGGAGGCGUCGCCGCUGCUGUCGGGGCCGGGGGUGGCGCAGGGGAGUGAGGCGGGGGACGAGCGCGAGGACCCGUGGCCGGAUAGGGCGCCGGUGAAUUGUUGCGAGGCGGCUGCGGUGGCCGCGCGCACGGCUUGGCGCACGUGGGAGUUCACCGUCGGGCGGUGGGGCCUGCACGGCAUCACGUUCGGGAUCAAGCGCCAUAUGAAGCGUCAGGGUAAUUUGCAGCAUGACUAUAGAGGAAAUGAUUGCCGUCAACUUAAAGGUCAUGAGGCGCAUACUGAAGUAUCAACUCUCCUUGAGUACUUGAAGCUUUGCAUGUUCUUCUCAAAGAAAACUUUUUCUGCAUUUCUGAAGUUUGGUGGGUACAGUCAAGAAGACAUUCUCAUUCACAAGGCUAGGGCAAGGCUUAUGCAGCCUUCUUUCGCUCUGGUGUGUGACAAGAGAACCAAGUACUUUCUGCUUUUCAUACGGGGUGCUAUAAGUACAAAGGAGCGCCUGACUGCAGCAGCUGCUGCUGAAGUUCCUUUUCACCAUAUAAUUUUAAGUGAAGGACAUAUCAGCAAUGUAGUUUUAGGAUAUGCACAUUGCGGGAUGCUUGCGGCUGCUCGUUGGAUUGCAAAGCUUGCCAUUCCCCAUCUUCAUAGCAAAGUACAAGAAUUCCCUGAUUACCAAAUAAAGGUCAUCGGGCAUUCAAUGGGAGCUGGUAUUGGAACAAUUCUGACAUAUAUUCUUCGUGAGCGUCAUGAGUUCUCGUCGUGCACAUGUCUGGCGUUUGCUCCUCCUGCCUGUAUGACAUGGGAGCUGGCGGAGUCAGGCAAAGAUUUUGUCACUUCUCUUGUCAAUAGAAAUGAUGUGGUGCCAGCAUUUUCGAAAGUUUCGACUGAGAGCCUGCGAUCUGAGGUAAUGGUUUCGGCAAAGCUGGAUGAUGUGCAGGAUCACUUUCACCAUGGUUUAUUUGCCACUAUAAGUCAGCGUGUUGCCUUCAUCAAGUCCAAUAUGCUGCCUAUCUCCCAUUCAACAGGGAAGAAUGCAGAUCAUGGCUCUAGUAUCUCUGAGCCCUUGCUCAAACAUGCAACAGAUAUCACGCAGCCUGUAGCAAAUGGACACAGCAUCGAUUGCAGCCAGCAACAAUUGUGUUUCGUGGCAAAUCCAGAACAGGGGUUUACAGCUGGGACAGUUGCUAGUUCUGAAGAAAGGGUCAUGCUAGUUAACAACGAUAAUGUUAUCAGUGUAAAGUCUGUAGCUAGUUCAGGCUUUACAUCACAAGAAGAUGCAGAUACCGAUGAAUCAUUGGGCACUCAGCAAUCAUCCUUGCCAACAAAUGAAGGAAAAGAAGUUCUGAAUCAGAACGGUGCCGGAAAGGAUAAACAGAAAGAACCGCUUUCUUCCAGCGGUUCGCGACAAUUCUUCCCUCCUGGGAGAAUCAUCCACAUGGUUGCACUGCCCCCGCCGGACUCAAAUCCUGGUGAGGGCACCAGCAGCAAUGAGAUCAUUGGUAUUUACGAAACACCGAGAGAUUUGUAUGGCAAAAUAAGGCUUGCGCCAAAUAUGGUUAAAGAACAUUACAUGCCUAGUUAUAUAAGUACAAUGGAAUCGUUAUUGGAACAGCUUCAGAAGGAUGAUAAUAGUGUAUGUACAACAUCAAAUGACCUGUGAAUUUCCUCAAAAAAUGACCUGUGAAUUAUUGUAGAACUCAGUUGUGAUUAAUCCAAUUCUUUUUCAUGAUUCAAAA